CGGCUCAGCGAGGCAGCGCUGUCCCUGACCGAGCGGCGGGAGCGAGGUCUAGGAAACAGUGCCUUCAACAACUGUAACCGUAGCUGUCGUUUGCUGAAUGACCAGUACAUACCACCCACUACACUGAGCAUGCCUUGGCAUCUUCUCUAACGCAGUGUAGGGUUCAGAGAUGGGCAGUGAGAAGGAGCAGAAUCCAGAACAGCACCUGCCUGAGGAAGGGGAGCGGGGUAAGCCUUGGAGAGCGGAUGACCCAGAGGGUUUUCGGAUCCCAGAUGGGGAGAAAGAGCAUGGGCAAGAGAGCCUGUCAGAGGGACCACAAGGAAUCCAUCCCCCAAAGCCCUGGCAGAAAGCCACUGUCCCCACUGGAGAGCCAGGGGACCCCAUUGUCCAUUCAAGACUUGAGGCCGAUGAGAAGCCCUUUAUAUGUGCCCAGUGUGGCAAAACCUUCAAUAACACCUCCAACCUGAGGACACACCAGCGGAUCCACACGGGCGAGAAGCCUUACAAAUGCUCUGAAUGUGGCAAGAGCUUCUCGAGAAGCUCCAACCGCAUCCGGCACGAGCGGAUCCACCUGGAGGAGAAGCACUACAAGUGUCCCAAGUGUCAGGAGAGCUUUCGGCGGCGCUCGGAUCUCACCACACACCAGCAAGAUCACCUGGGCAAGCGGCCGUACCGCUGUGACAUCUGUGGCAAGAGCUUCAGCCAGAGCGCCACGCUGGCCGUGCAUCACCGGACCCACCUCGAGCCGGCACCCUACAUCUGCUGUGAGUGUGGGAAGAGCUUCAGCAACAGCUCCAGCUUUGGGGUGCACCACCGCACCCACACAGGCGAGAGGCCUUACGAGUGCACCGAAUGUGGGCGGACCUUCAGCGACAUCUCCAACUUUGGAGCACACCAGAGGACUCACAGAGGGGAGAAGCCCUACCGGUGCACUCUGUGUGGGAAACACUUCUCUCGGAGCUCAAAUCUCAUCCGCCACCAGAAAACGCACAUGGGAGAGCAGGCUGGGAAAGAUUCCGGCUGAAGGAGUAAGGGAGAGACCUCAACAUAGUGUAGGAAGAUCUUUAGGAUCUGCUGCUGCCCCUUGACCUCAGGCCCUUCACCCCACUUUGGAGAAUGGUUUCCUGUUGCCUCUGAAGCCAGGAUCUCCAGCAAGUCCUGAGAAGGGACUCUGAGUAAAAAUCUUUGCCCCUUUCCAAGCCGAUAUUUUGCCUUGGAAAGUCAGAGGAUCUGGUCUUGGCUUCAUCUCCUUGGGGUGAAAGAGAAAUAGGGUAGGUUUAGUAAAUGCUCACCUUAUUAGGGCAGCUGUCCCUGGCCUUUGAGGAAGUACCUGUGAGAUGGGCACUACAUUGUGUAUGAACUGCUGAGGGCCCAUUGCAGUGGCCUGCUAGUUCUGUCCACUGUGCUCCAGCUGGGCCGGGAGGAGCCAUCUUCCCAGUGGAAGGAGCUUCCUUGGCCUGGAGAGGCGGUCCUGCCUUAGAAAUGGAGGGGAAGCCCUCAGGGAGCCAUGAUCUAGGGACCUUCACACUCCCCAUGUGUGUGACUUGUUAUCCCUGCCCCCACCUGCAUCUGUUCCCUGAGUGACCAGCAGUAAAACCCUUCAAUGAAAA